CCAGUAGCUCCAGUGGAUCCAGUGUUUCCAAAAACUCCGGUAAACCCAAUCUGUCCUGUUGCACCAAUGACACCUGGUUGCCCAGGUAAACCAGAAAUGCCUGUUGCUCCAAAAAGCCCAGGAAAACCAUCGGAACCCUUUACGCCUGUCCUGCCAGUAGAGCCAGUAGCUCCCGUGCUGCCGGUGUCUCCAGUAAAUCCUCCGGUGCCAGCUACUCCAGUUCUUCCAGGUACUCCUUUCAUGCCAGGUUGUCCAACGUCUCCUGGCAAACCACUGGCACCAGUAAAUCCUGCGCCUGUCCUACCUGGCAAACCAGACGUCCCCGUGUUACCUGGUAAGCCUUGUUGUCCAGGAAGUCCUGUGCUUCCAGAUGAACCCGUAUUACCAGGUCGACCUACGUCUCCAGUUCUUCCUUCUCUACCCGUAUCUCCAACCGCACCAGUCCUUCCAGUUGCACCAGGAAGCCCUUUCGAUCCAGUUCUUCCAAUUGGCCCACUGCUGCCAGUAUCACCAGGAAAUCCAGAAAGUCCUGAAAAACCAGUCGAUCCUGUAAAUCCUGUAAAACCCGUAGCUCCUUGUGCACCAGCUCCUCCACUUAGCCCAGGAAGUCCA